AUGAGUGAGAAUAAUAAUUCACAAAAACCAGCUGAAAAAGCGGCUGGUUUGAAGAGUGUUCAGGUUAAAGCCAGACCUUUUGGCUGGCGCGAUAAUAUUGGUUAUAUGACUGGAGAUUUAGGAAACUGUUUUAUUCUUGGUUUGGUAAAUAGUUUCUUAAUGAUUUAUUUAACAAAUUCGGUCGGAUUAGCAGGUGCAAUUGUCGGCACAAUGUUUUUAGUCGAAAUAUCGCUGGUUCUUCGGGAUUGCUACAGUAUUGUUGUUUGUACCGUUUGUUCGGACAUUGCCGAUGGUAUGGAGAAUUGUUUGGAUUUUCGUUUUUUAUGUAGCAUGGGGAAUCUUCUUUCCUGUGUAAACAUUCCAUAUGGCUCACUAGCUUCAGCGAUUAGUGGUGAUCCAGACGAUAGAGCCCAGCUGUCCACUUUUAGAAGCAUCGGUUCUGCUAUUGGGGGUGCUGGUACAGGAUUUGUCAUUCCAAUGGUUGUAUACGUUACGAUUUCUAAUGGUCAAAAAGUUGUUUCUGGUUGGCGAUUUUUCCUAACUUCGAUUGUUUGCGUAAUUCUAGCUUGGAUUAGUUACCACUUUACUGUAACUAUGCCAACUGAGCGAGUUCAGGUUGCUAAAGCGGAAAAAGUUCCGUUAAGCAAAGUGCUUGAAUCUUUAGGCAAAAAUAAAGCUUUACUUGCACUGAUUUUUACGGAUUUAUUUAUUGUCAUUAACCAGAUUUUAUCUGGUACGACUACUACCUAUUUAUUUAAUGAUUAUUUCCAUAAUAGUCAAGCAAUGUCGGUUGCGCUGUUAUUUACCUAUGGUUCC